GUCCUACGGCGCAGGCCGGGGUGCCGGGCUCGGUGACGGUGGCAGGUACUCCGACCGCCACAACACGCCUGCUAGCUCCUUCCGCAAAGUUUGCGGGCGGGAGGAGGAGGAGAACCACGACCGGACUGCAGCAACCGGACUGGAGAUGCCCCUGCGGAAUCUCCAGCCAGCAGCACGGCUGCGGCAGAGCCGCUGAAUCCCCUGCCGGGCGCCUCCUCCUCCAGGGAAGGAAGGGACCGACCCGGCCGCUCUGCGGAGGUGCUGCCUCCGCGCUCAUGCGGGGCUCGUCGCUUCCCAGAGUCGGAAUCUCGCUAUAGGGCUUUGCCCUCUCCUGCCAGCCGGGCUGCGGAGUGUGGUCCUGCGCGUCCCGCUCCCGGCUUCGCUCCGGCGUUCGGCUGCCCGUCUGCGCCGGCCAGUCAGGUCCAGUGCCCGCUGCCCCCGCCGCGGUCCCGCACGGCUGCAUGCCCGCCGCGGUCUCGGCACGUCUGGAUUCGCUGGAGUCCUGGGCCUUCCAUGCGCUGCUGGUGCUGCCCUAUAUGUUUUACGUGGGGUUGUUCUUUGUCAACGUGCUGAUCCUGUACUAUGCCUUCCUGAUGGAGUACAUCGUUCUCAAUGUAGGCAUCGUUUUCCUGCCCGAGGAUAUGGACCAGGCUCUGGUGGAUCUGGGAGUGCUUUCUGACCCUGGUUCUGUGCUUUACGAGACGGACAGCGAACUGGAUGCCUUUGAUGGGUAUUUGGAGUGACGCCCCGGGGCGCUCCGAAGCGACUGCGGGGUGACACUGGGGACGGGUGUCCCAGCAUGGCCGUAGCUCAGGGAACGCCGCGGCCUCGGGAUGCCCUAGCUGCAUCUCGGCCGCUUCUGCGCAGCAUCUUCCUUUCCAAAUACGCCCCCUUCUUCUGGUGCAGAGGCGAGUUAGGGGGCCCGGGACCCACUGCCGCCUGCGGACACGCAGAGGGCUCACCAGGAAAAUUCCUUAAACACGUGAAAUGGACUAUGAACACAGUAAUGGAUCAAACCAUGGAAGGAAACUAUACUCUGAAAUGUAGAGAUGAAAAGAAGGACAAGAGGACAAGAAGAACAGUUAUCAUCAGACCUUGUCAUCUGUGACUUCUCCGUGGUCAUUGCACCUUGACUGUGCACUAACUGCAAUGAUUCACACACCAGGCUUCCAUAGGUAAUUAAUUCUGAGAUGAGCUGUAUGAACAAGGAAUAUAAGCUAUAUUCUACUAUAACAGAAAAGCAAGAUGCUACUCAGAUUUGAUAGACUUUUGAAUAAAUACCAUGUCACCCAAAUGGACACACACUACAACUGCUUAAGCAAGUUUUACAAUCACAUAUUGAAAACUCUACCAGCCAGUAGUUCAAAGUCAGUGCUCUCUCAGGGGAAAAUAUGCACGAGUGACUGCAAAGAGGUUCUGUUCAGGGCAGCACUACGGCAAGAACUGUGCUAGUAAGAUAUUUUAUUUAUAUUGUGAGGUUUGAAAUAGAUCAGAGAGUUAAUUUUAUAUGUCAGAUGGAUUAAUUACCCAACACAAGGUACUUUGCAGAUUGUUUAAGAUCAUGUUCCUAUGUACAGAUGUGAAAGCAAUAUAAUAAAGACUGACCUUUUCCAUGAAAAA